UUUCUUUUUUCUUUUUCUUUUUUUAAACACUUCUGCUCCCCUUUUUCUUCUUUUUUGUCUAGGAACAUCAAUUAUUCAUAUGUUGGCUCCCACCUUCCUCUUUUCCAUCUAUAUCAUCUCACUAAUCACAUUUAUCUCUUUAUAGCAGUAUAGUGUCAACAUUUUGUUUCUCCUCUGGUUUUCAUUUCAUUUCAUGAUGAUCUUAUCCAUGUACUCGGUUUCUUUCUUUAUGACUGCUCACUCUCCACCUCCCCAUUGUUUUCUUCUAUCUCUUACUUUAUGGAUUCCAUGUUAUCUUUGGUUGUGUGUGUGUGUGUGUGUGUGUGUGUGUUUAAGUAUUGUAUAGACAUUUUUUGUUGCAAGUUUUCUGGAGGCUUUUUUUUAAAGGAUACUUUCCAUCUUUUUUCAUUUGUAUCAUUUUUAUUCUUUCUAUAAUAUCUAUGCAUAGAUUUCAUAUGGAUCUUUUUUGUUUAUUGUUAAUUUUGAAUGGAGUAGUUCUCUCAGGGCUUGCUAUUUACCAAAGAACAGUGUAGAUGGAUUCUCACUGCUCUCUAUUCCUUGGUGAUAUAACACUAUGUCAAUAGCACAGUGUUCCUUAGCACCUGAGUUAGAGGAUUGGUUAUUGUUACGGUUUUUAAUAUGUUUAGAUUGUAGCUUCAUUAAGAGAGACAGGUGGGAAAUUUAAUUUGUAUAUUUCCUAUGGUAUUUGUAUUAAUACAUUUUUCAGCUGAGGCCAAUGAAUUAUUUAUCCUUAAGGUAUAUACCGACCUGUAGGGGAUUCUCUCCUUGGAUUUGAGUUAUUUCUCCUUUUUUGUCAUAAACAGGCAGGUUAUUCUAACCAAAAACGGGGCCCUUGCAGAGUUCUGUGUUGCUCAGCUUUUUGGUUUGGUGGUCAGUGUUUUGUUUAUCUCUGUCAGGUUACUUUGGUCCAUGGUUACACAAUUGAUUUUCUGGGUUUGAAAAAACUGAAGAUCUGUGAUAAUUAUUUAGUCCAUUCAUUUUUUUUUAAAGAUUUCAUUCUUAUAUAAUCCCUAUACCCAACAUGGGGCUCGAACUCACGACCCCUGAAGGCAAGAGUUACAUGCUCUUACCUACUGAGCCAGCCAGGCGAACCUUUAUUCCAUUCUUCAAUGUGGGAAAGGUCUUUUAAUGUGGUAGCAUGUUCCUUAAUUGUCUCAUAGCCAUCCAUCUCCCCUAUUCAGGUGAAAGAUAGAUGGCAGGCCACCAGAUAACUCUUAUAAAAUAAAUUUGUUCCUUAACUAGUAUUCACAAAGAUGGGUGUUAGCUCUGUGCAUGCUCCUUCACUGUGGUCUAAAUUUUAUGUAUCUGGCAACUAUUCUUUAUAGUCUGUUUUAGGAAGUUGUGGCCCUUCUCUGGAUCCAUAACAGGGACAGCCAUUUUAGGGGGUGCUGAUGGAUACCUGCGGGGUCGGCUGUGUUGCCCUGGGGGAGGCCGGCCCCGUGAGGAACAUGACUGUGGUAGACUCUCCCGGACAAGAGGUGCUAAACCAGUUUGAUGUCAAGGCCUCUUCAAAAAUAACCAGUGCUGAGGCUUCCAUAGAGGUGUCCUUACCUACACCUUUGCCUGGAUUUGAGGAUUCUCUUGAUGAGAGCAGGCUCCCUCCGGAACAAGAAAGCUUCUCCAGACUCGAACAGCAAGAUCUUUCUUCAGAGAUGUCAAAGGUCCCAAAACCUAGGGCCUCAAAGCCUGGCCGGAAGAGAGGUGGUAGGACACGGAAAGGCCCCAAAAGGCCCCAACAACCUAAUCCUCCAUCAGCCCCUCUGGUUCCUGGUCUCUUAGAUCAAUCCAGCCCUCUUUCCGCCCCCAUGCCUAAGAAACGAGGUCGGAGGUCCAAGGCAGAGCUGCUACUGCUGAAGUUGUCCAAAGACCUAGAUCAGCCAGAGUCUCCACCUCCAAAGAGGCCCCCUGAGGACUUUGAGACCCCUCCUGGGGAACGACCCCGCCGAAGGGCUGCCCAAGUGGCACUUCUGUACCUUCAGGAACUGGCUGAAGAGCUCUCAACGACCCUGCCUGCUCCAGUGCCCCCUCCCGAGAGCCCUAAAGUGAGCAGCUCUCCCCAACCAAACAAAAGCCAGCCGCAGGCAGCCUGUCAAGGUGGAGAAGAAGAGAAUAACAAUACUGCACAGGAUGAAGACUUUGUUCUCCAGGUUGAGACCGAAGAUGGAAAUGAAAGCGAGGCCCCAAGUGAGGUCUCAUCUGACCCCGAGCCUGCGGUGCCUCGAAGCACCCCACGAGGAUCCACUUCAGGGAAGCAGAAGCCGCACUGCCGGGGAAUGGCUCCCAAUGGCUUACCGAACCACAUCAUGGCUCCGGUUUGGAAGUGCCUCCAUCUCACCAAGGACCUCCGAGAGCAGAAGCACUCGUACUGGGAGUUUGCAGAGUGGAUCCCACUAGCCUGGAAGUGGCACUUGUUGUCUGAACUUGAGGCGGCUCCCUACCUGCCUCAGCAGGAGAAGUCUCCACUGUUCUCUGUGCAGCGUGAAGGACUUCCUGAAGAUGGCACGCUCUACCGAAUAAACAGAUUUAGCUCGAUCACAGCACACCCAGAGCGCUGGGAUGUGUCCUUCUUCACAGGGGGACCCCUCUGGGCUCUGGAUUGGUGCCCAGUGCCAGAGGGGGCAUCAGCUUCGCAGUAUGUGGCCCUUUUCUCCAGCCCUGACAUGAAUGAGACACACGCACUGAGCCAGCUUCAUUCAGGGCCUGGGCUGCUCCAACUCUGGGGCCUCGGGACCUUGCAGCAAGAAAGCUGUCCUGGCAACAGGGCUCACUUUGUCUAUGGGAUUGCUUGUGACCAUGGCUGCAUCUGGGACCUCAAGUUCUGCCCCAGUGGAGCAUGGGAACUUCCAGGCACCCCUCGGAAGGCUCCUCUUCUGCCUCGCUUGGGCAUCUUGGCUCUUGCCUGCUCAGACGGGAAGGUGCCGGUGUUCAGUCUGCCCCAUCCGGACGCCCUGCUGGCUCAGCAGCCCCCAGAUGCAGUGAAGCCCUCCAUCUACAAGGUACAAUGUGUGGCGACCCUUCAGGUGGGGUCUAUGCAAGCUUCAGACCCCUCCGAGUGUGGUCAGUGCCUUAGCCUGGCCUGGAUGCCCACCCGGCCCCACCACCACCUGGCUGCUGGCUACUAUAAUGGCAUGGUGGUUUUGUGGAACCUUCCCACCAGCUCACCCCUGCAGCGGAUACGGCUCUCUGAUGGCUCCUUAAAACUCUACCCUUUCCAGUGUUUCCUUGCCCACGACCAGGCCGUGCGCUCCCUGCAGUGGUGCAAAGCUAACAGUCAUUUCCUGGUCUCUGCGGGGAGUGACCGCAAAAUCAAAUUCUGGGACCUUCGACGACCUUACGAACCCAUAAACUCUAUCAAGCGCUUCUUGAGUACAGAGCUGGCCUGGCUGCUCCCCUACAAUGGUGUCACCGUGGCUCAGGACAACUGCUACGCCUCUUAUGGACUCUGUGGAAUCCAUUAUAUUGAUGCUGGUUACCUUGGUUUCAAGGCCUAUUUCACUGCUCCUCGAAAAGGCACUGUCUGGAGUCUUUCAGGAUCCGACUGGCUUGGGACCAUAGCCGCAGGAGAUAUAUCCGGGGAGCUCAUUGCAGCCAUAUUGCCAGAUAUGGCACUGAACCCAAUAAAUGUCAAGCGACCUGUAGAGCGAAGAUUCCCUAUAUAUAAAGCAGAUCUGAUGCCAUAUCAGGACAGCCCUGAAGGUCGAAACCGUUCUGCUUCCUCGGAGGCCCCCAACCCUCCCAAGGCUCGAACUUACGCUGAAACUGUCAGCCAUCACUACUUGCUCUUUCAAGAUACGGAUUUGGGUUCCUUCCACGAUCUGCUCCACAGAGAGCCCAUGCAGCGCAUGCAGGAAGGGGAGGGGCACUCGCAGCUCUGCCUGGACAGGCUGCAGCUGGAGGCGAUUCACAAGGUCCGCUUCAGCCCAAACCUGGACUCCUAUGGAUGGCUGGUAUCUGGGGGCCAGUCGGGGCUGGUUCGGAUCCAUUUUGUCCGUGGACUCACCUCACCACUGGGCCACCGUAUGCAGCUUGAAAGCCGAGCCCACUUCACCGCCAUGUUCCAGCCGUCCUCCCCUAUUAAAGGGCCCGGCUUCCCUCCAACUAGCCAUCGCCUUCUGCCCGGUCCCUAGUCGUGGUCCACACAGGACCUUUGGAAUGAAGUCUGCCAGGAACAAAUGGCCCCCACCCACAGGGCCAUAGGAACUGGGGUCUUCCUGGGUAGUGACGCUGCCACACCUGGACCUUUAGACCUGCCUUGCCAGGACUCCUUAGAUACCUCUCCUUCCACAGACUCUGUCUUCACAGGCCCCUGCGGGCAGGGGGGCUCUCCCUCCACAAACUCUCAAGGCUCCUCCACCUAAAACUAUGGCUCAUGAGAAACACUCAGGCCUGACCUAGGCUUGGGAGUCAAAUUGCUCAUAUUGAGCAUAUUGUGAAGUGGGUAAAGCUGAGUAAAGGUACUGGGUGUUUUUGAGACCACAUGCGAGUGGGUGUUUGGAGAACUGGAAAGGGUAUCUAUAUGAAGGCUCCUGUCUGACUAUAUUUCAGGAUCCAGUAUUACUGCCUUCUCAACUUCCUCUUCAAAGUAACUGACACACAGGCCCAUGAGGGGUGACAGUAAUUUAUUGGAUUGAAGUGGCUUAUAGUACUUCUUUAACUGAGGAACUCCACAAACGCCCCACCAGUAGAACAGUGGCUCAGAUCUUACUUGCUCCUGCUUAUGAAAUACCCCCAAUCACUGGUCGUCUGACCUUACUCCAGCACUCCUAGGCAGUCAUGUUUUAAAAAAAACCUUCCUUUAUAUCAAGUCAAAGAGUAUACUUCUAUACAUUUCACUAUGGUUAUUAGGAAAUCUAGUCAUUCUUCCCUGUGAUCGCCCUUUUAAAUAUUUAAAAAUAGCUAUCAUGUGUUUCCCAAGUCUUUUCUCUAGAUUAAAUAUCUUCAGUUACUUUAACCAUUCUUCACACGUCA